GAUGUCGUACCCUUCACUUGCGCCCUUCAUCAUGAAAAGGCCGUGGCUAAGGAGCUGGUUCCAGCCAUUGGCCACAUGGUACUUCGAGAACUCCGGCUACAGGAAACUAGGCCUCAGAGCCGACGAUCUGCUACCGGAGGAGACCGAGGGUAUGCAGCUUGCGCUGAAGCGCCUUUCGCCGAAGGAGGCGUACGACCGCGUGUUCCGCAUGAGGAGGGCAUUCCAGUGCUCCCUCACCCAUCAAUUGCUGCCAAGAAACGAAUGGACAAAGCCAGAAGAGGAUUACCCGUAUCUUUCACCCAUUAUCAGAGAGAUCGAGGCAGAGCUUACCGAGCGUGAGGACCUUGAGGCGAUGGUAAUCAAGCGACGGGCGGCCACACCGAAGCAGACAUCUCACUAGGUUUCGACGAGGGUGCGAUUGUAGUAGUGCUGUACAUAUCUCGUGCUGCAGGCGAGCUGGCGAUGUGGGUAUCAGAUAGGCAUCUACUGUGUACAACUAGCUUUGGCUGGAGCACGCUAGAGCGCCUUGUCACCUGCAGCUUCAUCUCUGCAACUCUGUUUUCCCGGCGUCCGCAGAAUGGUCGGGAAAUAAUGUAACACGAUGCCGACAAAGCAACUUGGGGCACGUGAUACCGCUCCACGGACGCGCUAGGCAAGCAUCGUCGCGGAGAUCGCCAGAAGUCUGAUCGGUCUUGAUGACUGCAUCCCCAUCCAUAGCUGUAUACAAUUGUUGCCUACCAAUU